UUUUCAAAACAUCAAAAAAAUAUUUUCAUCAAUUUCUUCUUCGAUUUUCUCCUUUUUUCGCAUCGAUAAAUGCUCUUUUAGGGCUCAAAUCCUCGUUCCAUCGUACCUUCAUUGAGCAUUGAACACGCAGAAUGUCGAAUCUGCUAAAAUUAAAUCGUGCCGCCCUCAGAUUUGUACAAAAUACGAAACGUGGAUUGGCGACACGAGUUAUCGAAAAUCCUGAAGAAUACACGGAGAAGCCGGAAUACCCUCCAAUUGUCGAUAUUUCGAAUGAAGCGAAGAAAAAACGAGCCAAGGAACGUUACCACGAGGAAUACAAGCAAGUUGGCACUGUCGAAGAGAAAGUCAUAAAAUUAAAUCUUCCCAAAUAUUAUGGAUUUCAAUGCGUUGUCUUGGAUCAGUCGGAAGUUUUGUACGACACACUCAACUUUGGGCAGUACAUUACGCGAACGGUGAAGCAUGAAACGCCUGAAUUACCUGAGUUUUAUAAGAAAAAUGACGAAAUGGUGUCGAAGCUGGCGGAAAAAGUCAAGAGUGAAGUCGAAGAUGUCAUUGGAUUUGAGUAUUCCGGGUAUUUGAGAGACUUUGUACUGAACAAUCCAAAGGCGACACCUGAAGAAAAAGAGCGUUUUCUCGCUUCCAACAUUUGUUUCCAGCUGAAUCGUACUUUAGUUAAUGCCUUACACGGAGAUUUUCCUCAUUUAAGUGAAUGUGAAGUCGAUUUGGAUCCCCGUCACGAAGCAUUUUGGUUCGUUGGAGGCAUUGAUCCGCCCGAACGGGUUCGUUCCUAUCGUCGAGGCCACGAAUGGACCAAAAAAUUCGAAAAAGCUCCCGUCGAUCGUAGUUUUCAGCAUAUUUCGCAGCCGUAUCUCACAUUGAGACACGUAAAUCCGCUGCCAGCAUUGGAAAAUGUCAAUUUAGAGGCGCUUAAUUACGUCACAGAUAAAGUCGAAGUGCCCGAUCAGAAGUACGAUCCACGCGUUUAUGGCUACAGAACGACACAUCGUCACGGCACAAUUGUUCCGGGCUAUUGGGCGGGCAGUGCUCACGAGUUUGGGGUGUUGUCGUACCAACGACGUGAUGGUUUGCUGAAAUUUGCGAAGAAUUACACGCCGGAAGAUGUCCAAGAAGCACUUCACAUGCAAGGAAUUACCUCGAGUUUCGCUUGGGCUUAUGCGCAAGCAGCUUUUCAGGGAUUCACGACUUUUAAUGAGAUCACGUAUCCCUUGACAAGUCAAACCAUCAUCACAGAUGGGCGUUUAUUCUCGUUCUAUGCGUACCAGAUGAACACCUUGUUGCUGCAUUCGGAGCAUGCCAAGACAAAUCCGCGUUACAACAAGUGCUGGGCGACGCCAGAGAUGAAACUUUUCGAAGAAGUUGACGCCAGCGGGAAAGUAAUUGGCUUUAAUCCUGACGUUUUGAAGAAUUUACUGCAUUUUUACGUAAAUGCACCCGAAAAACGCGAAGAUGUCGAUAUGAAACCUUACCUCGAUCCAAAAGCGCCACGAGCUGCUCUCAUCGAAGACGAGUUACGACGUGAAUUUAUCGAAAAAACGUACAAACAUCUCAUGGCGAACCGUAAACGACACGAAAGAGUUCCCGAAACGUACUUGUGGGAGAAAUUCUAUAAAAUUGACUUUAAAACGCGUCCCAUGGAGCCGAGGCGGAGACCCUUUGAAUUGGGCAUUAAUCCGUUCAGAAGGAGGUUGGAUGACCAUUUGCCGGAAUAUGUGCCGCGUAUUUUGCGCCCGGGAGGUUAUGGAGGCCGAAGACAUGGCAAAAGUCAGGAGAAAUGGCGCCCAACGUUCUAUCCAACGACGCAUAGUGAUCGUCCGCGAUCGAAAGUCGUGCCCAAUUAUCCAGAGCAACACAAAUAUGAGAAGAUUAACGAAGAGGAAUACAAGGAAUUGGAUAAGAGGUACAGGAAAAAGGAAUGAAAAGGAAAUUUUUGAACAGUUUUUAGUUAAAUACAAAUUAUUUAGUUUAGAGAACUUGAAUAAAAAUGAAUGAAAAA